AUGGGUGGAGGGGAAUGGGGAAGGAGGAUAAUUGAGAGGUGGUUGUGGUUUGCGGUUGCGGUUGCGGUUGCAGCUGCGGUUGCACAAUUUGGUUACAAUUGCACGUGCAAUUGCAAUCAAUCAAUUAAUCCAGCCGCGGUCAAGGCAAGGGCAGACAGUAAUAUUAAAGUUGAUGCCCGAUUGAUUGAUUAA